AUGGUUUCUCCAAAGUAUUUCCUCAUCUUCACUUUCAUUUCCCUAACAUCAAUCCUCUCUUCAAAUCCAAAUGCCCAAAAAUCACAAAAUUUGAUUAACAAUAUUUGCUCUCAAACACUAAACCCAUCACAAUGUUCGGAAUAUCUACAACAACUUUAUCGCAAUGGUGAUAGUCUACAAACUCUCACUCAAAAAACAAUCCCAUACACCUCAAAAUUCUUGUUUCUAAUCUACGACGAAAUUCGUGUACGUGAAAUACAAUCAAUAAAAAAUCCAACUUUGAACAAGAUCUACCACAAAUGUGGAGAGGCAUAUACUGCAGCAACAAACACUGUCAACGAGUCACAAACAGUCUUGCAAUCUGGUGAUUAUCAAAAGUUGUUGAGUUUAGCAUCUAAUGCUUUGAACCAAGCUCAAUCUUGUAGCAAGAAUUUUGGGAUGGGUGAAUCUGAGCCGUCCGAUUUCAAGAGCCUUGAUCUAAAGGGUCAAAAUGUUUGUAGCAUAGUUUUGGCUAUGUCCAAGCAGUUAUUAGCAGGGAAAGUUUGA